UUACAGGCAGGCAACUCUCUUACUUGACUUGGGGUUGACAUCUGAGUUGAUCUCAUUAACAGCAGAGAAGUGGAACCAAGCAAGGACGAAACUUGGAGGGUGAUUGGAAAAGCUGUGUGUUUGAUUAAAGUCACGGUGUCCAGAGUGGGAAGUGGUCUCACACAGGCUGCGAGUCUGAGGAUUUGUAAUUCAGUUAAAAGAUUGAAUUAUCUUGUAUUUGCUGUGCUACCCCCUGUAUCCUAUAGACUCCCUGCUUGGCCCUCUGUCCUCAACAGUAAGAUGGAGAGAGCCUUGAAUUUCAGAUCAGUGGCUUUCAUGGGGUUUUGUGACAUCCCUGCCUGGUGUUGCAGGCACAUACGUGCCUAUGUACAUGUAGCAGGGCAGUGUGCAAUAAGCCGGUCAUAGGGAAACGCCAUCCUCUAUCAGUUUCUGUAGGAUGGGAUCCAGUUAGUUUCUAGGUUGCUCCAGAAUGUUGCUGCCUUUCAACAGGAUUAUCUUAUGGCACUUGAGUUUUGCCUGAUGAUGCCUGACAUUUUAUUGCCUGUUCAAUACCCAGUAGUUUCAAGAACAGUUUGGGGAUGGUGGCUGAGGUUGUGCUGGGCUCAGGCUGUUGUAGGGUCUGUCUGUGCUGACCUGCUGGAGGCUUAUUUGUGAUUAAGGAGCAUGAGACAGAGCUGGGUCAGCUGCUGCUUUGUGACAUCGGAUAUCAGACUUUUCUCUUGCUCCUUCCUUUAAGGUGCAGUGUGCUGUCUCUGGCCUUUUUUUUGGUGUUACAGCUUGUAGUUUGAACAACAGCAUUUUGGGGUGAGCGGAGAAGGGGUUAAUGUGAGAGAACAUUCAGUGUUUGUUCUCUCCAAUACAAGCACUGAUAAGUGGAUGGGAGAAAAAACAGCCAUGACCUUACAGUUAUGCUUCGUGUGUCUGUGCAUAUGUGAGUUCAGGAUUCAUGGGAUUGUUUGUUCGGAGCGCUCACGUUUUCUCUGGUCAAGCUGACCUGCUGCAUUCCUCAGAACAUCUCUGACAUCUCUGAUGCCUGGAAAAGAGACUUCUUCCAAGCAGAUCCCUGGAAGAUGCUUCUGCAGAGCACCGUGCUGAUCCCACUGGUGGCUGUGUGCUCAGUUAGGUGCCAAUCACAGCCUUGCUUAGGCAGCUCCUCUCCCUUGCGUGAAGACAGAGACUUGGUAUCAGCAUUAAGGUACUAAUUCACUGUAGUUCAUAGCUAGAGUUUAAAGCUGGGGAUCUCUCCCAGAUAAUAAUUUUCUUCUUAUGCAGUUGGUAAUUUUUUUUCAGGAUGUUUUUCCCUUGCAGCUUGUUGAGGCCAGAGAUCUUCAUCCCUUUUCAAGUGCAUGAACUUAGCUGGGGCACAGAUUUUUUUUUACAGCAGAAACUCAUUGCAAGAAUCGUUUCCAUGUGGUUUGUGGGAAAUCUAUGCCGGAGCUCAUGCUGGCUGCAGCUCUUCAUCCUCUUAGCACAGGUGAAUGGGAUGUCCCCAGAUAAUGGCCUGCCUGUGUGAGAAGGAGCUGAUCCUCUGCUCUGGAUGGAGAUCAGAAAACUGCUUACAAAGAUCUAACGGUCUGCUCCAACGCUUCUGGAGAAAUGGAUCUGAAAGAUAUAUUUCCAGCUGAUGGCCAGUCUGAAAACACAACUCCUGCUAAAGUGGUGAGGGCUGCCAACCCAAGACAGCGGAAGGGAAGCAAGGUUGGUGACUUUGGUGAUGCUACAAAUUGGCCAACACCAGGAGAAAUAGCCCACAAGAGUGUCCAGCAGCCACACAAAGCACCAUCCCUCCGGAAACUGCCUAUCAAGAAAGACAUGAAAGAACAGGAGAAAGGGGAUGGGAGUGAUGGCAAAGAGAGCCUGAAAACCAAAUCAGAUGAGUCCGGGGAGGAGAAGAACGGUGAUGAUGACAACCAGAAGUCAGCCCAGAAGAAGAAAGGCAACAAACACAAGUGGGUCCCUUUGCAGAUAGACAUGAAGUCAGAGGUACCUCGGGACAAAACGGCCUCUCGGAACAACCGGCAAAAUGAGCAGCACAGGCACCUCUCCAACAACCGUGGCGAGCUGAAAGGCUGGCACCCGGACAAUAAGCACGAGCGCCCCUGGCAGGACCAUGAUGAGACCUCCAGUGUGAAGAGCGAGGGGGGAGCUGUACGAGGAGCCUUCCGGGGCCGAGGCAGGGGCCGUGGCAGAGGCCGGGGCCGCGGCAGAGGAGGGCACUUUGAUUACCAGUAUGGAUACCGGAAAUUUGAGGGCUCAGAUGGCUCCCGCACCCAGAAGUAUGCUAGCAACAUCACUUACUAUUUUGACAACAUUAGCAGCACCGAGCUCUAUAGCGUGGACCAGGAACUGCUCAAGGAUUACAUCAAGCGACAGAUAGAAUAUUACUUCAGUGUGGACAACCUGGAGCGAGACUUCUUCCUGCGUCGCAAGAUGGAUUCAGAUGGCUUCCUUCCCAUCACCCUGAUCGCCAGUUUCCACCGGGUGCAGGCACUGACUACUGACAUCAGUCUCAUCAUCAAGGCUUUAAAGGACAGCAAGGUGGUGGAAAUUGUGGACCAGAAGAUCAGAAGAAAAGAGCAGCCUGAAAAAUGGGCUCUGCCUGGCCCUCCUAUGGCAGACUACACACAGACUGACUUUUCACAGUUCAUCAACUGUCCUGAGUUUGUGCCCCGGCAAAGCUUCCAAAAGGAAACAGAAUCUGCUCCUGGCUCCCCACGUCCCACCAGCCCAGUCCCCACGAAAACAGAGGAAGUCAGUAACCUGAAGACAAUGCCCAAGGGCCUGUCCACAAGUCUGCCUGACCUGGAUUCAGAGACAUGGAUUGAAGUGAAGAAGAGGCCUCGGCCCUCUCCAGCCAGGCCCAAGAAACCAGAGGAGUCAAAGACCCCACAGCAGCAGAAGCAAAAGGACCAAGAUGAGCCUGAGGAGUUGGACUUCCUCUUUGAUGAGGAGAUGGAGCAGAUGGAUGGCCGCAAGAACACGUUCACCGACUGGUCAGACGAGGAUUCAGAUUACGAAAUUGAUGAUCGGGAUGUGAACAAGAUCCUCAUUGUGACUCAGACACCUCCUUACCUACGCCGGCAUCCUGGUGGAGACCGGACUGGCAACCACACAUCCAGGGCUAAAAUGAGUUCAGAGCUGGCCAAGGUGAUCAAUGAUGGGCUGUACUACUACGAGCAAGACCUGUGGACAGAGCAGUUUGAGCCAGAGUACUCGCAGAUCAAGCAAGAGGUGGAGAACUUCAAGAAGGUGAAUAUGAUCAGCAGGGAGCAGUUUGAUACUCUGACCCCAGAGCCCCCCGUGGAUCCAAACCAGGAGGUCCCUCCUGGCCCCCCCAGGUUCCAGCAAGUACCUACAGAUGCUUUGGCUAACAAGUUGUUUGGAGUACCUGAACCUUCAACCAUCGCCCGAUCUUUGCCUACAACUGUACCAGAAUCACCCAACUACCGCAAUGCAAGGACCCCCCGGACCCCUCGCACACCUCAGCUGAAGGACCCAACACAGACACCCCGGUUCUACCCAGUGGUGAAGGAGGGAAGGACGAUAGAUGCCAAGACUCCACGGAAGAGGAAGACAAGGCACAGUUCCAACCCCCCAAUGGAGUGCCAUGUCGGCUGGGUGAUGGACUCCCGGGAGCACAGACCCAGAACUGCCUCCAUCAGCUCUAGCCCCUCUGAGGGAACUCCAGCCGUCGGAAGCUACGGCUGCACCCCACAGUCCCUGCCCAAGUUCCAGCAUCCUUCACAUGAGCUGCUCAAGGAGAAUGGCUUCACGCAACACGUCUACCACAAGUACCGUCGGCGCUGCCUUAACGAGCGAAAGCGGCUGGGCAUUGGUCAAUCCCAGGAGAUGAAUACGCUCUUCCGAUCUACCAAAACAAGUCCUUUCUGUGCAGCCCUGGUGACUCCUUUUGUGUCCCCACCCCUUGGAUCGCUGGGCAGCCCAGCCAGGAAGCUCAGAGGAGUGAGGUUCCCUAUAGCAGGGGCCGAAGCCGCAGCAUUGCAGUGCUGCGGAGCCUCUGAUCUCCACGACCUGGCUGACAUUUCCCAUCCCACGUCUGGCAGUGCUUCUUCAACAUCAACCGUCGCUAACGGCGCCCAGCCCUGUUGGUCUUCCCGGUCCGUCCUCCCCAGCGUCUUCAUCUCCAACCUUCCUCUGGGUCUGGCUCUCCCUCCACUCACUUUUUACCCUUCCAUCACGGACAAUUUGGAAGUCAACCAAAGGACCUUUGCCAAGGAUAGGUUUGUUGUGACUCCUUCCUGCAAGGAUAGCAGCUGGGAGGCCGGCAGGCACCUGGACUUGAAUCUGCAUGGAUGCUGCAGCCGCCUGCCCAGGGCUCAUUGCAUGCAAAGACAGGACUUUGCUGAAGGAGCCUUUCCCUUCCUUUUCACUUGGAAAAACGAAACAAACUACAAAAAACACGAUACCCCCUGAAACAACAAAAACUCUAGAAGGACAUCUCCCUUUGCUUUCUUCCUUGGAUAUAUUAAUUGAAGAAGGAAAAAAAAAAAAAGAAAAAAGAAAAAAAACGACACAAAAAAUACAAAAAAAAAAAAAAAAAGCCAACAAAAAAACCCACAAAACAACAAAAAAAAACGUUGCCUUACGGUGGAGCUGGAUUAGAUGGGGAGGCUCGCUGGCUCUUGUGCCCCAGGCCGUGCUGGGUGCUCCCUCCCAUCACUGCUGCUGAGCCCACCUGCCCCGCAGCCCCCUCCAACCCACAGCUCCCUGGGAUGCUCCUGCAGGGAAGGCACCGAGGGCAGUCGUAUUCCAGACUUGUGCUCACCAAGUAGCUGAAGUCCUACAUUGCGUACGUACCACUGUAGCAUCCUCCCUGCAGUGGUGACUGUGUGCUUGUGGCAUCGCUUGGCCUUCUGUGGGCAGCCUAGGUUGUGCCUGGGAGGUGGGCAGCGUCUGUCAAGGCAGCUGGAGGGACUUUGGUGCUGGGAGGGCAGGCAAGGCCCUCAUGCAACCCGAUGCUGUUGUCUGACACACAGUGCAACUCCUGCUGCUGCCAGACAGUGAAUAUUGCUCUGUGUCCUAGUAGGGACUUGCUUGUUGGAGGAGGGCUGUUGCCUGGGUAGCUGCAAUGGGGGCUGUGCGGCACUGGCUGGGCUGUGGGCAGCAAAUCCUCCUCAGUCCAUGUUGGUUGCAUCCCUUGUGAACACAUGGCUGUGUUUGGGGGCAUUGUCCAGGAAUGAGAUCUGUACCCCAGACCUGGAGCUCCUCCUCAGCGAGAGCUGCUCGCCCUGCUGCUCUGCUUUGUGCCCCGGGGCAGGACCUGUGCUUUGUAGCUGGCUUGGUUGAGACUCAUGGCGCGCUGUCCUCAUGUGCUGUGAACAUGCUGUGUGCAUGAUACGGAGCGGGCGCUUGGUGGGCUGUAGAAAGAUGCAGCUGACUGCAUUGUCCUCUGUAAAAUCAAAAGCUGGUACUAACAUUUCUCUGAAGUAUCACAAAGUCAUUACAGCGUUGUGUCUUGUAGCUGUAGGAAGGAACCAUCUCCUUAGGCUGUGUUUGUAUGGCUGUGAGGCUUGCAGGUGGGAGCAGCCAGGUGCUGAGCAGAACUCAAGGUGCUGGAGGUUUGAGUGGCUGAAACUGCUUGCUACACCCUGACUGAUGUUGCCUUCCCAAACUGACACAGCAUCAAAGUCCUUUAUAGGUGAGGGAGAAGUACUGGUCUACAGGGCAGCUUUGUGAGCCUGGGAUUGAACAUAGCCAGGGGUUGAGUGAGACUGGGCAGCUGCUGCUUCGCUGUUUCCUCAUGGUGUGAUCUUGUUCUUGUCUGUCUGCUGCUAUCAGAACGUUCUGCAGCUCAGCACCACUUAGAGGCCAGGUUUGGGGAUGUUGUAUCUGGGUCAUCACCUUGCUCUGGGUCUCCCAGCAUACACAGGCUGGGCUGGCAAGUAACUUUGGUGUAACUGCAGCCUUGACUGUUAUGUCCACGUUUCUUUUCUGUGAGCUGAGUUGGAUCUCUGAUGCUAUGGAUGUGGCAGGGCCUGGCCUUGCUUUAAGAAGGAAAAGCCUUGGAGCCUGGACUUGAGGCCGUUAGAGAAGUUUUGAUGGCUGUAUGCAAGUGGCAGUGGGUCUGAACAUGCUGCAGGUGAUCUUUGUUGCAUUCCCUUUGUUCCUCUCAUUGGUGCGUGUUCUUUGGAUGCCAAUGAUUUGCUUUUGAGCAACGGACAAAAUAGGAGACUAGGAGAAAUAAACUCCUGCUGCGGAGAUGUUCCUUGUGGAGCAGACUGUGGGAUUGGUCGGGUGGUAGAAGAGGCUGAGAAAUGUCCUAUAGAAUUUUCCAAAACUUGAACUGAUGUGAAAUUAUCCCCCUAAUUGCUGAGCUAAGGCCGUGUCUGGUCUUGGCAUGGAAGAGUUUUCCCCUCUGAGUCAGUGCUUUGUCGCAUUGGUGUGGCUGAGGGUGGCUUUUGCAGGAGGUCAGAGGAGAGAUCCCAGCUAUGGAGGUCCCUUGUUAGGGCACAGCGGGCUGCUGUGUGCCUUGUAGCAUCUCCAUCAGACAGCAGUGUCUCCAGAGAGUAAAGGGAAGAUGGAAACAAACAGCCUGCUCAGCUGGUGCUCACUGCUUGGGCAGGAGGCAGCUGCUCCGUGCUGCAAGGCAGGUGAUGGCAUCUGCAGGCACAGUGGAACUGCUGGGGGACUGAGCUCUGCAAGGCUGUCUGAUGUCCUACAGCAGGCAUGGGGACGGGGCUGCAGUGCUCCUCCCCUAUUGUGUGCACACCCCGCUGGUGCUGUGCAGCCAUGUGCAUCAGGCACUGCAUCAAGCAUUGCACGUGGCUUGCUCCACCCCAGGGAAAGAGGACAGCCGUCCAGAGCGGGGUUUUGCUUGGAUCCCUCUUGUCCUCCUGCCGAGGAAGGAGUUUGGCCUUGCUUUUAGUUUGGUUGCUUCAUCGCAAUCACGUGUAAUGGUGUUUUGAAUUGUUGUUAUAACGAUCUGAGCAAUCAGGUCCUCUUAUUCCUGUGACCCCUGCGUGGCUGCAGGCGCUUGUAGCAGCUCCGACCCUGUGGGUAGGGGUCAGCAGUGGAGGUGGACGGUGUGUUUCAGAGGAGACUUUGUUGCUUAAUGUGUUCAUUUGGGGAGAAAAAAGGAAAAAAAAAAAAAAACAAAAAAAAGAUGGUGACGAUGAUGAUUAAUAAUAAUAAUAAUAAUAGUACUGCUGCUCCAUUUGCCUGUCUGUCCCUCUCCCUGCUGCACCCCCCAUCAGCAGCUGUUUGCUGUAGCCCAUGGGUUCCCUCAAGGUUUGGCAACUGCUCCCAUUGCUUCAGACCGGUGAUGUACUGGAAGGAUGAUUUGUGAACCCCAGCGCGCUGCCACGCGUUCAGCACAGCGGUGCAGAGGGGGCCAUUUAGUUGUUAAUGCCUUCCCAGUUAUUUUAUCAAAAGGAAAAGAAAAAAAAAGAGAAAAAAAAAAAAAAGAAAAAGAGAAAAAAAAAGUCAAACUGUAAAUGUAGCAAGCUGUGUUUGCAAUGCUUACUUUCUCCUGUUUCCUCUGAGACUGGUUAUGUCACUGUCACUGUUUAGAAAUGGAUGCUAGGCUCUUUGAAGAGAGGGUUGCUACACUGAUGUUUAAUGCCUCGCUGACUCUUCUUUUGUUGUUUUUUUUUUUGUCAAGUUUCCAAUACAGGUAGAAUGACUUUUGUAAAAAAAAAAAAAAAAAAAGAAUGAAACAAGUUUUCAUCUCAGUGGCACAGAGUGGGUGCCUGGAGGGCAGCAUUUCAAUGAGUAGUUUACAGCUUCACUUUCUGCAGACACUUGAACAUAGGACCGACGUAUCUGUGACAAGCACAUCCCCUCGGUGGGGAGCUCCAGAAGAACAUGGACUGGCCCAGGUACCACCACCCCUUUGCAGCACUCGGGGUCACCCAAGGCCUUUGCUGCCCUCCUGUCCCCAUCUCCCAAUGGCAGUCUCGUGGGUGGGCUGGGGAUGGACAGCUAUCGUGGGAGGGGUGCUUGCAGCACUUGGUGCCUCCCUGGUGCAGAUGUAUGCCCAGGGGGAAGGCAGCCCGCCCUGCUCCCCCCUUCCUCUCCCAGCUUGUUCCGCUCCCGCUGGGGUUGGAAAUCUUUGGAUCUCAGAAACUAUCACUGAGUUGUGCCCAGGGGAGGCUCAGCCUGCCUGCUCCGACCCGCUCAGGUCACACGGAUGAGACCUCAGCCUCGGUGGCUGGAACAACAGGGUGAUGGUUCAAUGUGCUGGCCCUUCUCAGACUGGCUAUGUCCCAACCUCAGCCUUCCGUUUCCCAGACUAGAAAGUGUGCAACCUUCUUCAGCCGCAUUUAUCGUAGAGACAAACUUAAAAUGACUCAUCACAGACCAUUAAUCAGUUGGGAGGAAAAUCUUGUUAAUAUGGCCCGCUGUACAUGAUCCAUCUCCUGUCGAUAGUACAUAAUCUUUGACCCACGUGCUAGGAUCAUCAUCGCAUAUAAAAGGAAAAGAGAAAAAAAUGUAAAAUACUUGAAUGAGAGCUUGUAUUAUAACAUUAAUAUUAUUCAGAGUAUCUGCUUUCUAGGCUGAUGUGAUUCAUUAUUCUAGUAAUGCUUUAGUCCUUUGUAAUUUGUGGUAAUUAUGCUUUUUCCUUUUUAAUACAAAAAAAAAAUGUAUAAAAAUAAAAACUUCAAAAGACA